CUUCUGUUUCAGUGUAUUGAAGAAGUGUUCAGGCACACGAAAGCUUAUACCAAUGAUAAACUUACUUGGUCUCUAAAGUGCUACUGGAGGGAUUUUUGUUUGUUUGUUUCGACUACGGCAGAUCAACACGGCUACCUACUGUACCUGUGCCUGUAAAUACCGGUAACUGCUUAUAGGCUUAACUCUGUUAACAGCGUUGGGGAUUUAGACAGCUGGCCCAAUAGCAAAGCAAACGCAAGUGGUAUGCAAGUGGUAUACAAACCUGACCAGUACACGCCAUUGCAAUACAAUUUAUGCCACGGUAGGUUUAUGCCGCAUUUGCUCGUUUCCUACACGCCCCCAGCCCCGCUCUCCGCCACAGAGACAAAACAAAAACAUCCCGUCUCAGGCGCUCGCAGCUCUGGACUCUGACCUGCAGGCCAUGCCGUCGCUUCGCCCUGCCCAGGUAGAAGGCGGGACAGCGGCCCCAAACCCGCCCCGGAGUAGGCGGAGCGCGUCAGCCGCAGGGAGAGGCCCGGCCAGCCCCGCUCCUCGCCGCUCUCUUCCGCCGCCGCCUUUUUCGGCUGCCAGGUAGAAGUAGACGCGGGGGUGGGGACAAAGCCGCAGUCGUUCCUGCUCCCUCGGGGAAAAAAGAGUGCCGCCGAAGAGAAAGAAAGUGCAAUGGCGGCAUCCGGUAGCGGCAGCGGCGGCGGCCGUCGAGCGGAUAAUGGCUACGGGGUCAGUGGGCAGCAGCAUCAGGCGGGCUCCCGGCGGCGGAAAGGCCCUGGAGCCUUGGCCACGGCCUACCUGGUCAUUUACAACGUGGUCAUGACAGCCGGGUGGCUUGUUAUAGCAGUUGGUUUAGUCAGAGCAUACCUCACCAAGGGUAGCUACCACAAUCUUUAUUAUUCAAUAGAAAAACCUUUGAAGUUCUUCCAAACUGGAGGUUUGAUUGAGAUUCUGCAUUGCGCAAUAGGAAUUGUUCCCUCUUCUGUUGUGCUGACUACUUUGCAGUUGAUGUCAAGAGUUUUUAUGAUAUGGGCUGUAACCCAUAGUGUAAAAGAGGUACAAAAUGAAGACUGCAUCCUCCUCUUUGUUGUUGCCUGGACAAUCACUGAGAUCGUCCGUUAUUCCUUUUAUACCUUCAGCUUAUUGAACCACCUUCCUUACUUCAUCAAAUGGGCCAGGUACACAUUGUUCUUAGUACUGUAUCCAAUGGGAGUUGUAGGAGAAUUGCUCACAAUAUAUGCUGCUCUGCCCUAUGUCAGACGAUCCGACUUGUUUUCAAUUACUUUACCUAACAAAUACAAUUUCUCCUUUGACUACUAUACAUUCCUGGUCUUGACUAUGCUAUCUUAUAUUCCACUCUUCCCUCAGCUGUAUUUUCAUAUGAUACAUCAGAGAAGAAAAGUACUUUCCCUUCCUCAAGAACACAAGAAAUCUGAAUAAUCACAGCUUUUGUUCACAGCUGUUUCAAACGUUUAUAAAUAAUACAGAGUAUUAAAAUGAAUUUUCAAAACAAAAAAGUUUGGUAACCUACUAAGGAUAUCUUUCCGCACUGAUUUUUUUUAAAAAAAAAACAUUGGUCUGUGGAACAGCAUUUUUGGCAUGUCUCAUUACAGUGAAACACUUAUUCUUUUAUUUUACCUUUUAAUUAAUUUAUUAAAAACUUGCAUUAUAAUGUGCUUAUAUUGAUGGUUUCAGUGAUAACAAUAAUUGUGGUGCCUGAAUUAGGAUUCCUUUAUUCCUUUAAAAACUUUUUUGCAUGUUAGAUACGUGUAUUGUUGUAAUAUUUAGAAUGCUUUUGACAGUUUGUCUAGAACUGCCAUGGGCAGACUAAUGAAGUCCCACAAAAGACGUUUCUGACUCUGGGUCUGGAUGAGGUGAUAAUCCUAGCAAUUCAGGGCACAAACUUAGAGAGAGAGCUGCAUUACAAUGAUUGCAGCAGUAACUCAUUGUAAUUGCACAACUGAUUUUUUUUUCCUCCAGAGUGGGGCCUUAAAAAUAGUGCAGUGUUGCACAAGAGCAUGUGUUCUAUAGGUGCAACUUAAUCUUAUUACCUCAAGCUGGGAUGUUUUCCUGCUGUUCUUGAAUGCUCUUUUUACUUAUUUUCGUGAAAAUAAAGGCCCAGUUUUAUUGAAAUACUCAAAAUAUAACUAAUUUGUAAUUGACCUGGAUGCUACCUGAGAACUUUUUAUGGCUUUGAAUUAGUUGUCCAAAUACAUCUAGUAGCAUUUUGAAAGCAUAGUCAGAUAUAUUUUCAGCAUCUAGACAAAUUAUCUAAAAAGCAUUUUCUUAAAAUGAGCUUAUUUUUAAAGUUUUAAAUGUUUUUAAAAGCAGCAUUAAUUUUGUGUCCAAAAAGUGAUAUUAAUGCUAGUAAAUUCAGCUUACUUCAAAGCUUAUUUAGAGAAUGGCUUUUUUAUAAUGGAACCAGGUGAACAUUUUUUUAUUAAAUAACUUGGAUACUCUGGGACAAAAUGCAGCUUGUUCUUUAUGCACUUCUUGUUUCCUAGUUAUACUGGAAAAAAACAUUUUAAAAAUUACCAGUUCUUAAAAUGACCAAGGAUUCCUUCUUUUUGAAGAUAGCUAAACUUUAACCUUUAGCUCAGCUGGUACCAAAAGAAAAUAAAUGAUUUGUCAUUUUAUUACUGUGUCUUUGAGAUCCUAUGAAGAAUAUCAGUGUACCAAAGUUGUUCAUGCUUCAUGCAGAGUGAAUCAUAGAAACUGUUAUGGUCUAACUUGGAUGUUCACUAUUUCAAUUUAUUCCUGUCCUAUAACAAAGAGUGGUAUCCAGGAUUUUUCACAUUCAUUCAAUAAGUCCAAUUCAUUUCACAUCACACUAUCACUCACAUGCUUUUGUUCUGCUGCUUUUAGAAAGACAAAAAAGACAAUUGACUCAUUUCACUACUUUGGCAUUCCUGUUGAUCAUCUUGAGUUAAGAUGCAUUCCUCUUGCAGUCAGCUCAUGUUAUUUCGUUAUAUUCUGAUAUACAUUGCUGUUGUGUUGUUAAAAGAGGUUUCUCAUUGUAACAUCUAUAACAGCUUAGCACUAAGCAGCGGUGUAUAUUUAUUGGUUAGAGCUUAUAUUGUAGAGAAAGUGUGAGGACACCUCCAUGACACAGUUUUGAAGGAGAACAAGGAUUUCACAUUAACCCAUUUAUUGUACAUGUCCUUACAUGAACUUUCCCACAGAACACUACCAUUCUAGGCUAUGAUGGUUGCAGAUUGAGUAUGAGCCUUGCAGUCUAAUUGGGCAAAGAAUCUUAAUGUUCCCCAUGUAAGUGACUUUGCAUAUGGUAUCUUAAAAGGUAAAGGAAAGGGACCCCUGACCGUUAAGUCCAAUCGCAGACGAUUCUGGGGUUGCGGCGCUCAUCUCGCUUGACUGGCCAUGUGGGUCAUGUGGUCAGCCAACCUUAUGAUCGGCAAGCCUUAGGCUCUGUGGUUUAACCCACAGCGCCACCCUCUUCCCUAUAUGGUAUCUUAAUAAAAGGUAAAAGCUAUGAUACAUACAGUAAUUGCAUUAUAGGAGCCCAUCAGGACCAAGCAGCAACAAUCCUGUAAUUAUAAGGGCUUUAGGUACACAGAGAGUGGUUGUCUCUUGCUUGUGCUCAGCAUUCAUCUUCCUGAUGGAGGGAAUCAAAACAAACUAUAGAGUUCUUUACCACUAGCCAGAUGCUGCUUCUGGUCAAGUAAUGUCCAUCAGUACAAAUCAGUUCUGCCAAAAUCAGCUUCUAACCUUUGCUGCAGCACUUAAGGGCUGCUUUACAUUGUCUGUUGGAGCAAAUUUGUUUUGUGUUUCACAGCUGAAACCUGUUCUGCCUCCCAAGCACAUAUACUGACUAUGACAGUUAUUUGGCGAAAUGCACAGACUUCUCACAUGCACAAAUUUAACUGUAUCCUAACUUUCAGGUGAAACAGUUUCUCAGGUCACUGCAGUAGUCCUUUUUCCAGUUAAAUAUUUGUGACUACUUGUGUAGAAUCAGUUGUGAGCAUAUUUUGUAAGCUGCUUUGAAAGCCUCUUGAGACUAUAAAGUAGGUUAUACUGUAAUUUUUAAAAUAAAUCUGACUGUAGAGCUUGAUAGGACAUGCUUUUUUUGACAUUUAUGUGAAGUUCUGCCCCAUGUUGCAUAGUUCUUUGUUAUUAAUUUAUGCUGGUCCAAAUUCCAUAUUCUUGGAGGGUUCUGGGCAUGUGUUCCUCUUCAAGCGCUCACUUGACCAGAGCCUCUUAAAACUUUUGGCUCUGUAGUUGUUACUUUUCCAUUCCACUUCAUUCUAUCAAUAGUCUGCUGUGUCCCAGUUUUUCUGUGCUUUCCCAAGAUACAAAGGCCAUUUGAUCUUCUACUGGUAAAACUCUGCUUUUGAGGCUUAUUGUUAUUAUCACACACAACAACCUAUGUCUAGUAAAGCACAAGAAUUGCCAUCCAGUUCACAUGACCAGUCCCAAAUUACAUAUAUUUUUACCCUUAGACAAUUUGACAGUGAAAACUAAUGGGAUAUAAAUCUGAUCCUCAGUAUAUCUCUUUCUAUAAAAUGUUGGCUGUUAUUAAAUGUGUGAAUGAAACAUUUACUAUAUUGCCACAUCACCACAGCUUCAUCCUGCACCUACGGUACUAUUGUAGCAUUUAAAGGCCUAGUUCCCAACAAUCCUUUCUGUGCAGUCAUUUACCUAGAUACAAUUGUGGCUGAAGAUCAGAUAGUAAGAAACUGCAGUCAGCCCCAUUUAUAUGGUGCCAAGCCUUUAAAUAUUACAGCAGUGCUGUGUGAUGAAGCCAUGGAAAAAGAACUUUUCUCUGCUGUAACCUUUUGGUCAUCAUAUUUCUGUAAAACAGGAAGGUGAAACAUUGCUCGUUGUUAGGAUUACCUGUUGCUAUACCCAAGGCCUUGCUAGUCAGCUUGAUGUGUACUUGUAACAGUUUUGUAAUUUAAUAUCUAUUUGAUCUUCAGUUACUUCCCCUCCCAAAAUUGAUUGCUCACUUAGUAUUUACUUCACUCAGUCUGUUCAGUUUUCUAACCUUAGCGUGACCUCUCCUCUGUGAUAUACCUUACUUGUAGAAGAAGUAGAAGACUUAAUCUGAUACCUUUUUAAGCCACUCAUUAGCAACACUGUGAAUUGGGAAGGGUUUGAGCAUAAUCUCCAGACAAUUUGUGAAGGCCAGAAAAGUUGGUGCUGCUGGAUGUAGAUUCUGAUACUUGGGUGUAGGGAGAGAGGAAUGCUUGAGGCAAUAUAGCUUUUUUUGUAGCUAGCAGAUGUAGUAAAAACUAGAGAAUUCAAUAAGAUUCAUCCUGAGAAUUUGAGAUAGAAUUGGCUCUUUGGAGUGAAAGUGGCCACAGGGUGAGAAAUCUACCUGACAUUUAAAUAAUAUUUAAAUUAAAUUUAAGGUUUUCUGUAAGCUUUAAUAAUUUACACAUAUGCUAUGGCCCAAGAUUAUGGCCCCUUUUGAAACUAUGUUGUGGGCGAAGCCCAGUUACUGCUGCCGACUGCUUCACUGACUCAGGAUGGGAUAUUUAAGCCAUACUCUUUCCAUACUGGUACAUUCAGAACUGGCACUGUGGCAGUGAGUUCUGAGGUAGAAUUGGUCGUGUCUGGCUCACUCUAAAAUGGUGGAUAAUCAAUUUCAAAUUAGAAGUUUAUUUGUGGAGUACAUAUUAUACAGUCCUCCAGUUCUUACUGCUGUGGAAAGCUCCUCUGCUUAAGGGGAAGGAAUUGCAACACUCAUUUUCUGACAUCUAUUGGUCGGCUUCUCACUGGACUAUUCUCACAGACUUUUCAAAUUAAUCCUGGAACAAAUAGAUGAAUAGAAAAAGAGGGGGUAUACCCAGCCAGUGACUAAUGGAAAACAAAUGAUUAAUCAAUGGAAAACUUGUACCAGCAGUCAAAUAUGAAAAUUAACCAGAAGCAGUACUAAAAAGGAAGUGGGAUCUCUAAGAUGAGACCAAUAAAUUGGAGAGUAGAAUUAUUAGACCUCUACUGUUUAUGAGGUGGCAUUUGCAGUUUCUGUGCACCAGGUCCACCUGCCUGGGUUGUUGCCCAUGUGUUCCAGUAAUUCAUGGAUAAAUGCUGCCAGCUGAUAUGGUUUGUAGCUGAGUUUUUACAAAAUGUUACUGAAGAAUCAGCAAAUUACUCCUGCUUUAUUCUAAAGCUGCCUUCUCAAAAUGCAUGUAACGUUCUGAUGAGUAUUUUUAAUUAAAAGCAUCCUCGGGUGGCAAUUGGAACAGGAGGAAUGGUGUGCGGGAAGACAGCAUUUAACCUAUGCCUUGCAGACUAUUUUGCGUCUAAGAGUUGCUCCCCUCAAUUUCCCUUUCCCCUUUAGGAUGAAAAUAUGCAGUUACCAUUUUUUUCACAGAGGCAGGGGGAAGCAACAAGGGGAGAAAAUUAAUGAACUUUUUGUGAAAGGGUUCAGGAGGAAAACAUUUGUUAAAUGACUACAAGGUGUACUUAGGUUUCCAACUCAGACUUGUUACCAGGACUUGAAUUAUUUACGUGCUAAGUCAAAAAUAGUUUUCCAGUGCCUUAGACUAUCACAGAAGAUAGAGCAGUGUAGUAAACAAAACAGAAGACUGAAAUUGCUGCUGUUGCACUACAGCCUCUCAAUCAGGCUGAGCAAACAAUGAUAUCUCGUGGGUCAGUGAAUGCCAUGUGUGUGCAUUGCUGAUUUUCUUGUGCACGUGGAUUGUUCCCCAGCUCAUUGAUUGAAAAGGCAAGCUGGUGGACUUAGGUCUUUAUAGGCAUGUCAAAACGUUGUAGAGUGCCUAGGGCAUGAUCAGUGUGGUUAUUUAUGUUAUCUAUAUUCCAUGUACUGUAUGUUUCUCUGAAGAUAAAAAUCCAUGGUAAUUAAUAGAUCUACUUUUGUAAAUAAGCUCCCUUUUAAAAAAGAAAGGAAACAUAAGGUGAGCAGUCCCCAAAGUGAGUUUUGUCUCUAGUUUUAAAGUCUGCAUAAUGUUUAUUUGAGUUGACAAAGUAUUAAGAUUACUUGCCUUAUUCUUAAUUCCUGUAAAUACAAUCUUUAGAAUGUGAAUUUGGACAGAAUUAUUUACAUUUUAAUACACUUAUUACUUCGUUCAUAAUGCAAGUUCAAGAUUCCCUGCCCCCCUUUGAUUAGAAAUUAACUUUGAAGUAUAUCUUUUGAGAUGUACUUUACCAAGUUGUUCAUGGAGCUGUGUGCAGAGGGGAUAUCAGCCUUUUUUAUAUAGCAUAGAAAAUUUCUCACAUUAUGGUUAUAAAUUUCUCCUAUGCAUGUAUGGCAAAACCACAGCAUAUUUGCUCACAUCAUGGUGGUCUGUGUGAUGUACAUAAUACCUACUUAAACAAGGUAUCUAGUAGCUUUCAUGUGUUAAAUUUUAGAUCCUUCAAAAUCUGGAAUUAUGUUUGAAGAGACUAUUUCUUACCACAAGAUAAAAAUUUAUUGAGAAAUCUUGUUGCAAAAUAAAUUGCACAUAUGGCACAUACUUCUAUUAAAUAAUUUCAUUUCACAAAAGAGGUUGGCAUUUGUGUGGGUCAGUUUACAAAAUUAUUGUUAAGUUUCAGAUAAUUCAUUGAUACAUCACUGGGUUUUUAUGCAUGGCCAUUAUGGAAUUUGAUAAAACGUAAUCUUUUGUACUUUUUCUAUGUUGUGAAGAAUACUAUUGUUAUUUUAUAAGUAUUUUACAAUGUACAUGUUUUCAGGUGUUUUGAAAUUUAAUAUUACCUGGGCCUCUGAGAGGACUUUUUAUGCAUGUAUAAAAGAUAUUCCUACCUUAUAUGUAGAUAAAUGGUUUGCUAUGUAUAUUGUAUUUGUGCAACCCCCCCCCCAACUAUUGCAUUAUGAAAUAAAUUAGUUGUGUCUUCUUA